AUGGGUAUACGUUCUGAAUUAUGGCCAGAUAGCAACGAGAAGUAUCUUCCUGCAUCUUUCAAGCUAACAACUAGUGAGAAAGAUACAUUUCUUGGUAUCUUAAAAGGCGCAAGGCUCCCAGAUGGUUUUUCAUCUAAUAUCUCAAGGUGUAUUGAUCUAAGGCAGCGUAGAAUGCAGGGACUAAAAAGUCAUGAUUGUCACGUGAUUAUGGGUCACUUGUUACCCAUUGCUAUUCGUAAUGUGUCAUCACCAAAUGUGACUUCUGUCAUAACAGAAUUGUCAGUUUUUCCGAGAGAUAUGCUCCAAGGUGGUGGAUGUAAACGAGCUAGUUAA